AUGGAAUCCGCUCUUCCGCUUGUCACGCGACUUCUGAAUGAGACUGGCUAUGCCAUUGGUUUUUCAGUUGAAGAAGGCAGUUGUCCGAUUCGUAGCCUGGGGCCCCACGGACGGCGGCUUGUUAAUUUGUCAGAAAUCCUCAACACUUGUCGCCGUCGCGGAUCAAGAAGCUGGUUGAUUAAGGUUCUGAUCGACCAGAAGUUGACGGGGAUGACACUGGAACCUGUAAACUUCUUCCAAUAUGUGCAGAUUUUGUUCAAAUUUGAGAUCAAUGAAGGAGGAAAACUCAUAUUCAUCGCUGAAGGAAUCAGGGAAAAAAAUAUUGACAUAGUUCUCCGUCUCAGUUGGAAUAUUGGAUUUAUGUUGGGAAGGAAUAUAAUUUGGAGUAGAAGAAAAUAUGUUCCAAUUGCGGAUUCACUUCGAGUAUUUCCAAUGGGUAUGCAACAUAUGAGAGCGCAUAACAUGUGCGGUGAUGCAGCCGUGGUCCCUGAGGCCAUAGUUAAUUCAAACAGGUCACCACUGAGGAAGGAAGAAAGUCCUCAAACUGAGAAUGACCAUUCUGUGAAGCACACAGAAGUGAAUCCAUCAAAGAGGAAGGAAAAAGGUUUGGACCUGGAUAACGAUACUGAUGCUUUGAUUCGGAGCAAAAAAGUGGCGUCACCAGAGAGGAAGACAACCACCACUUAUACACCAUUGAAUGGAUCCAAACAUGAUACAUUCGGGACCAAAAUUUCAAAUUCAAGUCAAAUGGAACCCCUCGAGAGGGAGGGAAAUGGUGCAACUAGAAUCUGA